CUAAGAGAUCAAAUCCUCUUAUCGAUAUUUUAAAUUAACCAGUAUCAAGUUCUAUAUAAGUGUCAUUCUCAAACUAGGAACAGCUUUUACGCUCUGGACCAUUAACUCAUCCAAAAUAAUUCGAGUGAAAGUUCGGCCACAAAUGAUGGGUGUGGGCUUCGGACAGAGUAUGAGCUUUUUAUCAAUUGUGGUUCUGCUAGUUGUGAACUGUGCGGCUUUUCAAGAGUUAAAUGGUCAACUAGAACCUUCCGAUAGCUUGGAAUCAACCAUAGGCAGUGAAGAAGUCGGUUACUAUGCUAAAGAUGUACUUCGUUUAGGAUUGAAGCGCUGCCCAACUUUAGUAGGUUGCUGUCCUCUAAGGUUGGAUUGCUGUAGGACCUAUCUUUGCUGCAAAACAGGAAAAGGAGAAAUAUUUGCUGGUCGCCAACAACCGUGCUGAAACUGACUCAAUAUGAAUUGUUAAGUUAUUAUAUUAUUUUGUUUUAAGAAAUCUCACUUUUAAAUAUAUUUUAGUUUUAGAUUAAAAAAUAAAUAAUGCUAGGUUAUCAGUCAUAAUUCAAACCAAAUCCAUCCUUACUUGAAAAGAUCUCAAAUUAUACAUUCCACAUUAUGGUUUAUACACACAUCGAUCAAGAAAAUUCUGGACUGAAAUACUUGUUUUAAACUAUCAUAUUAUUUGUUUAUAUUUAGAUUAUUCUAAAUAUUUAUCGGUAUGGUAUGGAUGUUUAAUUAAGAAAACAUAGUGUAUAUUUUCCCAUCCCCUCCGAAUUCCUGUCCUCAAUCAUUACUAUACUUCUAGUUUCUGAUCUGAUGCAUUCAUUUUUAUAUUUCUUUAAUCUUUCAUAUAUGACAGGUUUAAAAAUAUUAUUUCAAAUAUCAGUAAACAUUUUUAUUACAAUUAAUCGGCUAGGAAUUUGAGUUUUAUCACCAAUAGAUUGAACUUUGAAUAUAUAGAUAACUCACAAAUAUGACAAAAUAGACCGAUUCGGAGACUGGAAGAGGGAACCCCCGUGUAAAGUUUUGCCACGACUAGUGUUGAACAAAAUUGGUCUUGGUCUUGCACUUUGCAAGACCAACACCAAGACCAAGACCACAAAAAUUGUUGCGUUGCAAGACCAACACCAAGACCAGACCCUCCAAGUCCUGCGCAAGACCUGCAAGAGUCUUGCAAGUUUUGCAGGUCUUGCAGUUAAGUCAAACUGAGAUUAUUUUCAGAUAUAGUACGGUGCUUAAACAUUUUCAUCAUCUUAUCUAAACAGCGUUGUUUAACAUGGCCUCAAGGAUAAAAAACAGCUUUUAUUCACUUUUUUCACUAAUAUUACUGUCUGUUAACAAUAAAAUAUAAUAUUUUCAAUCUCUAACGUUUAUUAUUUCUAAUUGUCAUUAUAAUUGUAUCAGAGUAAAUUGAAUCAGAGAGUAUUUGAUUCAGGGGUGCCCAUCCACUCCCGUCCAAUGUGCAAUCCCGUCGAAAUGUGCAUCCCUCAAAAAUUCAAAACUCUGUCAAAAUAUGCCACCCUCAAAAAUGUUUAGCUCCCAACUUGCGCCAUGAACUCCCUUCUUUCUGGGUAUCUCUGAUUUGGUUGAACCUUUACUACUUGAUCCGUAUCAGUUAUUCAUAAUAUAAUCUUUAAAAUUAAUGAAAAAAUAUGGGUUUUUUUCAUCAGAGAAUGUUAAGAAGUAUCGAUGUUGUUUAAAGUAUCAUUAUAGAUGUUGUUUAAAAAUUUACAGUAAUUAAAACAAAAUAAAAUGUUUAUUAUUCCGUAAGAACUAUUGUAAGGGAGCGGGGUAGCUGAGUGGUAGGGCACUAAGUUUCCAAUGCAGUAGGUCCCAAAUUUGAAUCCCGACUCAAGGCAGAAUAAUUAUUUAAUCUGUUCCAUUGGCUGUGGAGUGACCUUGGGGUAGGGAGACCCUCCUAAGGCACACCCAGCCUCUACAAAGUGGAUACUCUUAAUUCAAUAAUUAAUUACGGAGGAAAAUCUGACGGUUGAACACGAUACUGACCCGAUCCCCUCCUUGCACAACCAUUCUAUUGAGUUCAAAUAAUAAUUUAACAGCCUUGUACUUCUUAUUGACAGUUCAAAAUACUACCUCUCGAAUGUGGAAAUCUGAAAAAUAUUAUGGUAAAAAAGUGAAUUUGAUUAUCUUUUACAUAAAAAAUCUUUAUUGAGAUGUAUAUAUACGUUGAUGAUUGCUAUGUAAACGUUGAAUUCAAAUAAUAAGUUAACAAUCUAUGGUUCUUAUACACAGUUCAAAAUACUAUACCACAAUAGUGGAAAUCUGAAAAAUAUUAUGUUAAAAAAUGUUAAUUUUAUAUCAAAAACUUUUACUGGUACGUAUAAACCAAUAAUAAACAAACGAUAUGUGGCCACUAGCGGAUCCAGGAUUUAAUUUUGGGGGCUUCAGCCCGAAAGCUUUUUAUUUUUUCAUGUAUAUAACGAUAAUUAUUUUGGGAAAAAAGAAAGAUACUAACUACGAAUAUGAAACGGUGUUUAAGUGAUUCUUGAAGGCCUAUUAAAUGUAAUUGCACGUACAAUAAUACUUUAGUAGAUAAUUUUUUUCAUAAAUCAUGGGUACAUUUUACCAUUUCAGGGAGAGCCGAAACCUCACACCCCCCUCGUAGACCCGCCUGUGUAUGAGGCAUAAGAUUCUUCGGAAUCAAUAUUUUUGAAAACCUGGAAUGAGUGAUGAAAUAGAGACGUAGCUACAAAUCAUAUAAUCUUAUAGGAGAGAUAGAAUAAUUAGUUAUAAUAUGAACAGUAUGCUUAAUGGGUGGGAAACGCAAUCAAGAAGAAAACAUUAGUAAUUUUUUUUUGUUUUGUGAUGACCUAAGUUGCUGGGCUAAGUUGGGCCGAAUUCAUUCUCUUUAUUAUUCUAUAAUUACCAUCAUUUUAUAUUUAUUUCAUUUCUACUGAACACUUUAUGUUAUCUUACAACAUUUACCAUAUCUUGUUUAUUUUAUGUACAACUUAUUGCAUUAAUUUAUUAAGUUGAAUUAAAUAAAUGGAAAAAAACA